CCCGACCAGAGAACCAGAGAAACUCCCACCCCUCGAAGCUCACCAAAGGCCCCUCUCAAUCGCCUCAAUUGCAGCUGUCAAGAUGACCAUCAACCCGACCUUCCUCGCCCAGCGCACCCGCUCCUCUGCCAACCUGGCCGAAGCGAAGCGUCGUGUCAUUCGGUCGUACAGAGAAUGGCUUAGAGCGUCCCCCGAGAUCCAGACCAUGUACUCUCUGGACAUGCCCGUCUCCGCCAUCCGGACGAAGAUCCGCCAGGAGUUCGAGAAGCACCGCUACGUCAGCCAGUUGAAUGUGAUUGAUGUGCUUUUGUACCAGAGCCACGCCGAAUUCCAGGAAACCCUCAACUACUGGAAGCAGCUGUCGCACGUGCUGAAGUACUUCCGGCCGGAGGAGGAUCCCGGUGCUCGUCUCCCCCCCAACUUCAUCUCCGGCUUUUUGGAAGGCCGCAAUUGAUUUAUGGCCCUUUUUCUUCUUCGAGUUAUCCGCAGCAUUGAGAAUUUCUUUUCUUCGAGUUAUGAACGGUCGUGGGCUAGGCCCGUUAAAUGGCCGACCCGGGUGGAGGGUGUGAGUGUGCACUCAUGUAAAUAUGGUAUUGUUGUUAGAUCAGGCAAUGGACUUGUGCAUUACGA